AUGGGCUCACCCAACCCGAUUUCUAUUGAUGAAGUAACUGCAACCUCCAUCUUCACGCCGACAGUAGUUCUCGCCGAAACGUGGAGCGGAAAUCAUCAGCGCGUCUUCCUUGCCGGAGAUGCUUGUCAUCAGACAAUUCCUUUGGGCGGCUACGGAAUGAAUAUGGGCCUUGCUGAUGCUUGGGAUCUUGGCUGGAGACUCCCAGCCACUAUUCAAGGCUGGGGUGGCACUCACUUGAUGAAGACAUACGAACAGGAACGUCGUCCUGUGGCAGCGCUGAUGCAACACUGGCGCAAAAUCCACAUGAUGAAAAUUAUGGGGCUUUCAACAGCUGUAAAAUUGGAUCCGGUCGUCAUCGAAUCCAUGGAUGAGCGCGGCAUAGCCCUGCGUGAGGAAAUCAAUCAGUACAUUCAGCAAAACGAUGACCAUAAUCAGAGCUUCGGCGUUGAAAUCGGACACCGCUACGAGUCGAGUCUGGCAGUACUGAGCGAGCAGGUGGAUGUUGAAAAGGCAGCAUCACAGUUCGACUCACGCAACUACAUCCCAACUAGCUUUCCUGGUUCGCGGGUACCGCAUGUGGCUUUUUCUGACGGCAGCGCCAUUUCCGAUAGAUUCGGGAAAGGCUUCACCAUGGUCGCGUUUCUGCAGAAAGAAGCAGUAGCAGCCGGAGACCAAUUUCAGGUGCCCAUCGCACUGGCCAGUUUUGAAGAAGCAGCACGGCAGCACAGUAUUCCUUUAACGAGCCUUUGUUUGAUGAAUGAGACUCAUGCGUUCCGAAUUUGGGAUGCUUGUCUUCUCCUCGUGCGGCCUGAUGGAUUUUCAGCGUGGCGCUCAGAUAGUCUGGACAAAGUGCACAAUGCAUCACAAGUGUUGCUUCAAGCAACAGCUCAUACCUCACCUUUGUAA